AGGUCAAAAACACCGAUAUUCCUAUUUGCUACAAACAAUAAAUAGAAAAAUGACUAAAUGUUGGAUUUUUGCGAUGUUGAUUUUGAUUUUCGUGGUCCAAUGUAUUGUUGCGAACGAUUUGGAAAUGAAGGCAUGGAGAAAGAAUAUGGAGUCUCGUUUGUUGAAACUCGACCGGGAAAGUGUUCAACUGAAGAUGAAAAACGAAGAACAGGAUACGAAAAUAAAGUUAUUAAUUGAACAGAACAAUCAGUUAAAGGAAGUAGUUCGUGAAAUAGGUAUAAAUACUGAACCGGGAAACGAUAGUGGAACUUUAGUGAACACUUCUGGGGCUCGGAGAAAGGUCUUAGAACCCACGUACGAAAAUCAUCACAAAAGUAAAAGAAACGGACGUGAAAGACAAGAAAGUUCACUGGAAUUGAACAUUGAAGGGAUUGCGUUUUAUGCCUACAUCUCCUCCAUCCACACCUCUGCCCUUGAAGUUAAACACGUUAUUGUUUACGACGUUGUCGUUACCAACCGGGGCAACGGUUACCACGGAGAUGACGGAAUUUUCAUCGUACCACAAACUGGCGUUUACGUUUUUACGUGGACUGUCGUUGUCCAGGAAGGUGAAUAUAUAGAACUUGAAAUCGUUCUGAAUGACUCUCCUUUCGGGAGUAUAAUAGCUGACACGGUAAACCCCGCGUCUGGUGACUGGGAUUGUUCCACCGGCAUUGCAGUUAAGGAGGUCAAUGCAGGGGACCACGUGUACAUCCGAACAUUUAACCAUGAUGCUCAUACGAUUAUCUACAGCGGGACAAAGGCGCGGACUUCCUUUGCUGGUUGGCAGCUGCUCUAAAUUCCAUCUGGGACACAAAAUUGGGCGUCAAGUUAUGCAAAUCGACAGUAUUAAUCGGAUCGUUAAUUCUUCACAUGAUGGUCAGUUACAAUAAUGCAACGUAUCUAGAUUACAAUAGGAUUCAUUGGAUGAUGGUAUCGGAAUUCAGAUAUAACGUGAUUUUUCUUGUUGAAUUCGAUAUUCUAGGAAUGAUUUAUCGGAUUUGGUGAUCCAUAACUUUGAUUUAUGAAAUAUAUUAUCUUUCACACGAUUGCGAAUGUAUAGAAUACACGGAUAGAAAUUGAAACAU